AUGGACGGAUUGACAGCGCUGGGCGUCGCCAGCAACGUGAUCCAGCUGGUCAGCUUCGCGAGCAAGCUUGUGGGAAACACGCAUUCCAUUUACCGGUCGGCGACGGGUACCAGCGACAACGUCGUCGUCCUGAACGACGUGGCCAGUGCAUUAGGACGCCUGACUGACGCUGUUGUCAUUGCCCCCGAAUGUGGCGAGGACCUUAAGGAGCUGUCCCUGACAGCCAAGAGGGCCGCCCAGCAGCUUCUCGACGUGCUGGAGGCUUUGCGGGUCAGGACCAAGAAGACGCGAUGGAAGAGCUUCCUGGUUGCCGCAAAGCAGGUCUACAAAGCCGACCAGAUCGAGUCCCUGACGACUAACCUGUCAAGACUGCAAAUGCAGAUCCUCCUACACCUGCAAUCACAAGUUGGUAACCAGCUCAGGGAUAUUUCAAUGAGGAUAGAGGGUGUAGAGAUGAUUUGCGAAAGACUGGACUUGAAGAGGACGUCAGAACUGGAGAGGCUUCGGCAUGAUAUUCUGGCGGCGGUGCAAUCCCUUGCUUCCAACGCGUUGCCAGCAAACGGAAGCGCGCUAGCUUCCUCAACGGCCGUCACGGAAGCGCUGGAGAAUCUCAAGCUUAGCGACCCGGAGCGGAUUCCCGCCUUCCUUGGUAAGGUCUCGGCCGUUCAAAAACAGCUCACCGAUCUGGACAGGUAUCAUACCGUCUUGCAGCGACUGCACUUUGAUGACUUCACGUCCCGCCACGACAAGGUCCUUCCAGCACAUGCCACAACGUUCCAGUGGAUAUUCCAGGAUGGCCACCCUGAUGGACUGGGGCGUCUUGGGUUUUCUGAUUGGCUCAGAAAGCAAGGGGGGAUUUUCUGGAUUCGGGGCAAGGCCGGCUCGGGAAAGUCGACACUCCUAAAGUUCCUCGGGAACCACCCCCUUACCAUUCGAUUCCUGCAAGAGUGGGCAAAGCCUAGGAAGCUCGUCUUGGCAAAGUUCUACUUCUGGAAUUCGGGGACCAGGCUGCAGAAGUCACAGGAAGGGCUGCUACGAUCAUUGUUGUUCGAGAUCCUCCGCCAGUGUCCCGAACUUGGCCACCACUUCUGGGCGAAAUCACAGACGUUCCUCGACACGGAGGUGCUGCUAAGCACUCUUGAUGUGAAUUGGACUACUGGCCAGCUGGGAUCGUUGUUAAAAUGCUUAGUGACGCUCGAUAGGUCCAAGAGCUUCUGCUUCAUCAUUGACGGCCUCGACGAGUACCAGGUAGACGACACGUAUGAUCACCGGGACUUGAUUAAGACGCUGCGGGAACUAUCAGCAUGGCUAGGUAUCAAGUUCUGCGUCUCGAGCCGUCCCUGGACCGUCUUUGUCGAUGCAUUCGGUGGAGCACCAGACCAAGUGCUGAAGCUCGAGGACUUGACGAGGGAGGACGUCCGUCGCUAUGCCUCGGACAAGUUUAACGAGCACGACCAGUACCGGAAGCUCAGCCAGUUCGACCCGGGCUACCGCCAGCUCGUCGACGAGGUUGUCAGGCGGGCGCAGGGGGUGUUUCUCUGGGUGUUUCUCGUCGUCCGUGAUCUUCUCGAGGGCUUGACGUACAACGACACCAUGAAGACCAUGCGCAGACGCCUCGACGGCUUUCCCGAGACGCUCGAAGCAUUCUUCCAACACAUGCUCAGCUCCGUGCCCAAGUUCUACCGCAUACAGACGGCCAGGGCAUUCCAAGUCGCCACGUCCGUCGACUAUCCUCUGCCAAUGGUGAUGUACAGUUUUCUCAACGACAUCGAAGACGACCCCGAGAUUGUCGACCGAGAGAUUCGGCGCCCUUGCGGCGGGCCCGAAAUCAAGCAGCGGCAAGACACGAUGCGGCGACGCUUCGAUGCCUGGUGCAAGGGCUUGCUCGAAGUUGGGACCUUUGGUCAGCGAAACGGCUACGGCUCAUUUCAGAACGACAGGGUCGACUUCCUCCACCGGACUGUCCGUGACUUUCUCGUAUCCGAGAACGUCCAAGGCAUCACCAAUCUGCUAAGCGAAGAGCGCCGCCAGACCUGGAUUGGCCUUUGCCAGGCCGUGGUAUUGCAGUUCAAGCGUGCCCCCGAGAAUACUUUCCCGCCGACAACUGACUGUCUUGAUGAGCUCUGCCACUUUGCCAGAAAUGCUAUCUGCGAUGGGGCUCCUAUUGGCUUGAUCUACGAGAUCCUGGAGAAGGUUAUCGAUGCUGCCAACGCCGUAGAGAGCCUGGCGUCGACGGGCAUGCGAGAGGAAGUGCUUGCAUCGGCAUGUCAGAACGGUCUCUCGGGCUUCGUUCAGUCUCAAUUCGACUAUUAUGCAAGUGGUCAGCCGCUGCGUCCGUCACAGCUCACCGAGAUUUUCCGCCAGGCCGUCAAGCCCGGACCCAUCUCUGGAAAGAUCUACGCCGACAACGUUGCGUCCAUCAUCAAGUAUGGCGAGAGCUCAGACUACGACAUGGAACAGUCCUUCUUCUCCGUCUUUGGGGAGGUGGUGGCGAAAAUUGGGAUCGGUACAAAGCGAGACGGCGUCGUGGAGCUCGUCAAGUUGAUGGUCGGUUACGGAUACCCUAUCGAGAAGGACUGGGUCGAGAAGUACCUUCCCGGGCAUGUCAUUGAACUGAUGAUGCUCUCUAAAUCUGGUCAUGCCAAGCAGAAGCGCCCGCUGGAAGAGCCCGAGUACCCGCCAGAGAGCAAACGAGGCCGGCGGCUUUGCGAUGUGUGA